AAAAUUGUUCCCGUAGUUUUCGGGCACCUAUGACCCCGCAAGAGAUUACCAUAGUCACCAUGUACAUAAACAUCGGAGGAUUCAUGAAGGGUGAAACAGCGUCAUUCACGCCUACAACUUACAAGAAAUGGAUGUCAACAUGGGGUUGGCUCUCUAACAGAGUAAUAGCCUUCUUCGACAACGAUGAGGAUCUGGAGACAUUCAGGCAAAUUAGGUCAGUACUCCCAGCCAACAGAACAGUCCUAAUAAAACUGCAGAGAAGUGAAAUCCCAGCUUUCAAGAACCUUGACAAAAUCAGGAUCAUAUACAAUCAUCCAUUAUACCCAAAAUAUCCACCCAACACAGUCGUGGCUGAGUAUUCGUGUGCCAUGAAUGCCAAAUUUGAUGUUUUACAAAUGGCGAUUGAGAAAGGUCUUGUACACACUAAACACAUUGCCUGGCUAGAUGUAGGCUAUUUCAGAAACCUUCUAAAGCCCAAAUUUCGCCCAAAAGACGACAGCUUCAGUCUAGAAGUCCCUGAGAACUUCAACUCCAGCACUGUUGGCUUGUCCAUGGUGACACCCUGGACAGAAUUGUCAAAGCUCACCGCCUGGGACUACAUCCGAAACAACAUUGUCUGGGUUACUGGAGGCUUUGUCUUGGCGACUAAAGAG